GAAAAGUUCUCAGCGAAAGUUUGAAAGAAGGCUUACCAUCGGGUUAAACCUUGGCUUUUGUGGAAAUAACUUUCUUAGAAGACAAGCCCACUGCUGAGAGACCCAGGUGUGGUGGCAUCUCUGGCCAAGCAGAAUGCCAAGAUGGCCACCCUGCUACCUCCCGCAGGCACUCAAGUGUUCCACCGCUUCACCCCAGAGUCACUGGCGGAGAUCGAGAGGCGGAUGGCCGAGGAAGCAAAGGAGCAGGACAGGAAGUUAGAUCUGAACAUCGAGGUAGCAGAAGAAGACCUGCCGAAGCCAUCCGCUGAUCUGGAGGCCGGAAAGGCCCUGCCAUUUAUUUAUGGAGAUCCACCAGCUGAGCUUCUCAACACACCUCUGGAGGAACUGGAUCCAUUCUACAAAUCACGCAAAACCUUUAUUGUCAUCACCAAGGGGAAUACAAUCUUCAGGUUCAAUGCUGAGCCGGCCUGCUACAUCCUGUCGCCUUUCAAUCUUCUAAGGAGAGGAGCCAUCAAGAUUCUCAUACAUUCGUUGUUUAGCAUGUUCAUCAUGUUAACAAUCCUGUCCAACUGUGUGUUCAUGACGAUGAGUGACCCUCCCGCAUGGAGUAAAACUGUUGAAUAUGUCUUCACUGGGAUCUAUACCUUUGAGGCAGGCAUUAAAGUCUUGUCCAGAGGCUUCUGCGUUGGAGAUUUUACAUUCCUUCGAGAUCCAUGGAACUGGCUGGAUUUCAUGGUGAUAAGCAUGGCGUACGUCACUGAGUUUGUUGACCUGGGCAAUGUGUCGGCCCUCAGGACGUUCCGUGUGCUCCGAGCCCUUAAAACAAUCACUGUAAUUCCUGGUCUUAAAACCAUUGUGGGGGCUCUUAUCCAGUCAGUGAAGAAGUUAGCUGACGUGAUGAUCCUAACAGUUUUCUGCUUGGCGGUGUUCGCCCUGGUCGGACUGCAAUUGUUCAUGGGAAACCUGAGGCAGAAGUGUGUUUACUGGCCUUUCAAUAUUACAUAUUUCCAUAACAUCACAUUGGACAACAGGACAUGGGACUUCAAUGAGUACAUCAACGACAACGAAAACCAUUACUACCUCCCGGGGAUGAUAGAUCCUCUGCUUUGUGGAAACGCUUCUGAUGCUGGACUAUGCCCUGAAGGAUACAAGUGUUUCAAGGCUGGAAAGAAUCCCAACUUUGGAUACACAAGUUAUGACAGUUUUGGAUGGGCCUACCUUGCACUGUUUCGACUGAUGACACAGGAUUUCUGGGAAAAUCUUUUCCAGUUGACUCUUCGCUCGGCAGGGAAAACCUACAUGAUCUUCUUUGUGGUGGUGAUCUUCCUGGGUUCCUUCUACCUGAUCAACCUCAUCCUGGCUGUGGUGGCCAUGGCUUAUGCAGAGCAGAACGAGGCCACUAUGGCCGAGGCAAAAGAGAAAGAGGCGGAAUAUGCCAGGAUCAUGGAGCAACUAAUGGAACGUAAAGAGACGGAGAGACUUGAAAGGCAUCAAGAACACCAUGAACAUGCUAAGAUCGCUGGCAGCCAGACGUCACUGCCCAGUCCAAAAUCUGAAAAUAAGGAAGUUGAAAAGUCUGUUGAAAUGGUUGCUGUUGAUGAUGAGUCCGGUUUCAACAUGAAUGACAAGGCUUUACAAGACACCAAUGGAGGCCUUAUGGUUAGAGCCAACUCUGAAAGGGUCCUAACAGACCAGGAGUCUGUCGCGGUGUUGAGGAAGGCCAGAGAAAACAAAGAUCAGCUGGAAGUAGCAGAUCUGCAGGAGAAGACACCCAGUUUGCCUAGUGUCUACAGUCAAGAUGACUCGAACGAUCUGGAGGUGGAUCUUAGGCCCUGCCCCCCUUGUUGGUACAAGUUUUCAGAUAUAUUCUUGAAAUGGAACUGCUGUGUGCCUUGGGUGACCUUCAAAAAGUGGAUGUACCUCAUAGUGAUGGAUCCAUUCGUGGACUUGGGCAUCACAAUAUGCAUUGUUCUCAACACCAUGUUCAUGGCCAUGGAACAUUACCCAAUGACAGCGGAGUUCGAGGAUGUGCUGAGCGUUGGGAACUUGGUUUUCACUGGAAUCUUCACAGCAGAGAUGGUCCUAAAGCUCAUUGCCAUGGAUCCAUAUUACUACUUCCAGGUUGGGUGGAACAUCUUCGACAGCAUCAUUGUAACCAUGAGCCUGGUGGAGCUGGGGCUGGCCAAUGUUCAGGGUCUGUCCGUUCUCCGAUCCUUCCGUCUGAUGCGUGUAUUCAAGCUGGCAAAAUCCUGGCCUACGCUCAACAUGCUGAUCAAGAUCAUUGGUAACUCUGUGGGGGCCCUGGGGAACCUCACCCUGGUCCUGGCUAUCAUCGUCUUCAUCUUUGCUGUGGUGGGCAUGCAACUGUUUGGGAAGAGCUACAGAGAAUGCGUGUGUAAGAUCUCUGGAGACUGCACACUGCCUCGGUGGCACAUGCAAGACUUCUUCCAUGCUUUCCUCAUCAUCUUCCGGGUGCUGUGCGGCGAGUGGAUCGAGACCAUGUGGGACUGCAUGGAGGUGGCCGGCCAGGGCAUGUGUCUUAUUGUAUUCAUGAUGGUCAUGGUCAUUGGUAACCUAGUGGUGCUGAACCUCUUCCUUGCCUUGCUGCUGAGCUCGUUCAGUGGGGACAAUUUGGCGGCUCCGGAGGAGGAUGGAGAGAUGAACAACCUGCAGAUUGCCAUUAAUAGGAUCACAAAUGCCAUUGACUGGGCCAAAGUCUACAUCAUUAAACAGUUCCAGAUUAUUGUCGGGAAGAAGUCAAACGGAUGUGGUGAUGAGGCUGAUGGUGUUGUGGGUGGAAGUAAUGGGAACAUAGACAUCCUCCAGAAGGACAACCCUAACCCUAACCCUAACCCCAACCCUAACCCCAACCCUAACCCCACUGACGACCCAACAGCUUUGGAGCUGAAAAUGCUGGACAUUUGGGUGGACGAUGUACACCCAAGUGGAUUUCUUACAACUGCUGAAUUGACAGUAGAUGUACCCAUUGCCAAAAUGGAGUCGGAUAAUGAAGAUGAUAAUGAGGAUGAUAAUGAUGAUGAUAACGAUGAUGGCUCAGAAAAGGAUAUUAAAGACCAUACUGAGUUAACACAGUUUGUAGCGGACAAUGCCUCUUCAAUCUGCAGCACAGUGGACAAUCCUUCUGAAGUGGAGGAAGAGGAGGAGGAAGAGUUAGACCCCACCAGCCCUGAGAACUGCUGGACUGACAAAUGCAUCGGUCGAUGUCCAUGCCUUGACUUUGACAUCACAACGGGCAAAGGAAAGAUUUGGUGGAACUUCCGGAAAACAUGUUUUCUCAUUGUGGAGCACAACUACUUCGAGACCUUCAUCAUUUUCAUGAUUCUGAUGAGUAGUGGAGCUCUGGCUUUUGAAGACAUAUACAUUGAGCAGCGCAGGACCAUUAAAAUCAUCCUAGAAUAUGCUGAUCAAGUUUUCACCUAUGUGUUUAUUAUUGAGAUGCUACUUAAGUGGGCGGCUUAUGGGUUCAAGACCUACUUCACAAAUGCAUGGUGCUGGCUGGACUUCCUGAUUGUGGAUGUGUCUUUGAUCAGCUUAACGGCAAACAUCCUGGGCUACUCUGAACUUGGACCAAUCAAAUCUCUUCGAACAUUAAGGGCAUUACGGCCCCUCAGAGCGUUGUCCAGAUUUGAGGGGAUGAAGGUUGUAGUGAACGCUCUGGUGGGGGCCAUUCCUUCCAUCUUUAACGUGCUCCUGGUUUGCCUCAUCUUCUGGCUCAUCUUCAGCAUCAUGGGAGUCAACCUGUUUGCUGGGAAAUUCUAUUACUGCUUCAACACCACAUCUGAGGAGAGGUUUCCAGCUGACAUUGUAAAUAACAAGACUGAAUGUUUGGGACUAGUGGCACAGACUGACACUGUGCGCUGGAUGAACGCCAAGGUCAACUAUGACAACGUGGGCAUGGGCUACCUUUCCCUCCUGCAAAUAGCAACAUUUAAAGGAUGGAUGGACAUAAUGUACCAUGCUGUGGAUUCACGUAAUGUGGAAGAUCAGCCCAUAUAUGAAGACAAUGUUUACAUGUACAUCUACUUCGUCAUAUUCAUCAUCUUUGGUUCCUUCUUCACCUUAAAUCUAUUCAUUGGUGUCAUUAUCGACAACUUUAACCAACAGAAAAAGAAGUUUGGAGGUAAAGAUAUCUUCAUGACGGAGGAACAAAAGAAAUACUACAAUGCCAUGAAGAAGCUUGGUUCCAAAAAGCCACAGAAACCUGUUCCUAAACCCGCGAACUUAAUCGCGGGCCUCAUUUUCGACCUGAUCUCCCAACAAUUCUUUGACAUCUUCAUCAUGGUGCUGAUCUGCCUCAACAUGGUGACAAUGAUGGUGGAGACGGAUGACCAGAGCAAGGAGAAGGAUGAAAUCCUCUAUUUCAUCAACCUUGUGUUCAUCAUCAUCUUCACCGGAGAGUGUAUCCUCAAGCUGAUUGCGCUGCGACAGUACUACUUCUCCGUCGGUUGGAAUAUUUUUGAUUUUGUCGUCGUCAUUCUUUCUAUCGUUGGUAUAAUGCUGGCAGACAUCAUAGAGAAAUAUUUUGUUUCACCCACACUUUUCCGUGUGAUAAGACUGGCCAGGAUUGGUCGGGUUCUGAGACUCAUCCGAGGCGCUAAAGGCAUCCGAACAUUGUUGUUUGCGCUGAUGAUGUCACUUCCUGCUCUCUUCAACAUUGGACUCCUGCUUUUCCUCAUCAUGUUUAUCUUCUCAAUUUUUGGAAUGUCCAACUUUGCAUAUGUCAAAAAGGAGGCUGGGAUUGAUGAUAUGUUCAAUUUUGAAACUUUUGGCAACAGUAUCAUGUGUCUUUUCAUGAUCACAACAUCUGCCGGUUGGGACGGUCUUCUCUCACCCAUUCUGAAUAGUGGACCUCCAGACUGUGACCCAGACGUGGAAAAUCCUGGCUCAGAUACACGAGGCAACUGCGGCAGUCCGGGAUUGGGCAUUUGUUUUUUCUGCAGCUACAUCAUCAUGUGUUUCCUGGUUGUGGUUAACAUGUACAUUGCUAUCAUCCUUGAGAACUUCAAUGUGGCCACAGAGGAGAGUGGUGACCCACUGUGUGAGGAUGACUUUGAGAUGUUCUACGAGACCUGGGAGAAGUUCGACCCUGACGCAUCACAAUUCAUCUCCUAUGACAUUUUGUCAGAGUUCUGUGACACGCUGAAAGAUCCGCUCAGAAUCCCCAAACCAAACACAAUCAAGCUGAUCUCCUUGGACCUCCCCCUGGUCCCUGGGGAUAAGAUCCACUGUCUGGACAUCCUUCUGGCUUUGACUACAGAAGUGCUGGGAGAGUCGGGAGAGAUGGACACCAUGAAACAAAGCAUGGAGGAGAAGUUCAUGGCCAACAACCCCUCUAAAGUCUCAUACGAGCCAAUCACAACCACCCUGAGGCGAAAACAGGAAGAGGUAGCAGCUACUGUUAUCCAGAGAGCGUAUCGUAAGCACCUACUGAUGCGUGCAGUUAAACUUGCUUCCUACAAGUACUGCGUUAAGACACAGUUAAUCAGGAAGGACCAAGUGCCGCCAGAGACAAAGGGAUUGAUUGCCAUCAAAAUGAACAAACUUUAUGGAAGCCAAAAAUCCUUGGGAGUGGAUGAAACAGUUGUAGAUAUGGAUUCUUAUCAAAAAAACCAAAAGACAGAGACACAACCUUCUGUGCAGACUGCUGAGGAGCCGAAUCCUGUGGAGAUUCAGAGUGAUAUUGUUUUGCACUCCGCUCCUUACAUCAUCCCUGCCUCCAUCCGUAAUUCUCAGCUGAGGGAGUCCGAUGUUUGAAUAAAUCUAAUGAUAGAAAAUGGA